AGAGUCUAUACUUUAAAAGAUCUUUUGAGCGAAGAAUUCUUAUAUUUAUGGAAAGUUCCGGAUUUCAAGUGGAAAGUCAAUGAUAUCGGCAAUAAAGAGGACAUCGAAAUAAUAUUGAAAUCAAUGAUUGACGUGUUUGACACAAUGAGCGAGGUGCAAUUCAACGCUAAAGGCAUUUAUCAAGUGAUUCGCAAUCAUUUCGAUGAUAAACAUUCAGAUCUCAUGACUUUCAAAAAGUUUAUGAAACUUUUGAGAUAUUCUUUGACUAAUUUAGAGAGUGGUUCACCGAUUGGCGAAACCAUAGAACUGUUGGGCCGACAAAAAUCAAUAACAUAUCUGAAAAGUGCAUACAAUUAUGUAACAAAUAAAUCG